GUCGCCGCCGCCGCAGCCGCCCUAGAGGAGCUGGGGGAGGACGGUGGCCCGCGAGGCUCGUCGCGGACAACGCGGCGGCGAUGUCCGCGAGGCAGGCGAGAGCCGCGGCGGCAGCGGCGGGACCUCGCGCGCGGCAGGGCGGCCUGGGCUUCGGCCUCCCUCCGGUUCCUAGGAAGCCGGCCGGUGGCCAGCGCGGGAGCAGCAGCAGCAGAGGCGGAGGCUCCUGCGCGUCUCUCUCCUCCCCUUCAGCCUGAGCCGGGGGAGGCCAGGCGGCCCCGGGGGGCUGGAGGGGGGUCCGCUGCCCGAGAAUGGGAAUUCUCUUCACCAGGAUUUGGAGACUGUUCAAUCACCAGGAGCACAAAGUUAUCAUUGUUGGUCUGGAUAAUGCAGGGAAAACUACCAUCCUUUAUCAAUUUUCUAUGAAUGAAGUUGUACAUACAUCCCCUACAAUAGGAAGUAAUGUAGAAGAGAUAGUGAUUAAUAAUACACGUUUCCUAAUGUGGGAUAUUGGUGGCCAAGAAUCUCUUCGUUCUUCCUGGAACACUUACUAUACUAACACAGAGUUUGUAAUAGUUGUUGUGGACAGUACAGACAGAGAAAGGAUUUCUGUAACUAGAGAAGAACUCUAUAAAAUGUUAGCCCAUGAGGACCUAAGGAAAGCUGGAUUGCUGAUUUUUGCUAAUAAACAAGAUGUUAAAGAAUGCAUGACUGUAGCAGAAAUCUCCCAGUUUUUGAAACUAACGUCUAUUAAAGAUCACCAGUGGCAUAUCCAGGCAUGCUGUGCUCUUACUGGCGAGGGAUUAUGCCAAGGACUUGAAUGGAUGAUGUCACGACUUAAGAUUAGAUGAUCUCUACUGACCUCUUCUCAAAGACUUUGUGUAAACGAAGUGCUGGACCUUACCUGAAAGCUGCAAAAAUUAAUGGUUUAGAUAUAUUUAUAAUAAACUGAUUUCAACGUUUUCUAUUAGAAGAAAAAUUAAGACCACUUAUUUGAAAACAAAGAUGAAGUCUCACCUUCCAAUCUGCUUUCUCAUUAGUUACUUCCAAAGCAAGGUCUUAAAGCUGUGAUUGACACUAUUCUCAUAACGAAUCCUCUCAGGACAUUGUGUAGCCUGUGGUAAGUACAAAGGGAGAGGAAGACAUUUUUAACUUUAAGAGCUUUGUUAUCAGUAUAACCCUCCCUCUUCAAUGUUGUGCUCUUCAUGUUUCGUUAAGUCAAAAUACAAAUCAGCACAGAUACUCAGUUUCCAAUAUUUUAAAAUGUAAUGUUACUUAUUGAAAGUAUUUUGCAUAAUGUUGUGUAUGUAUUGUGUAUAUACCUCAAGUUCAAGUUAAUGGCUUUGAUUUAUGUUCUACAGAAAAGUGAGUAACACAAAAAUUAAUAAUAUCCUUAGUUAUAACCAUCAUGAGCUGAGUACUGGCAUUGGUUUUAAGUGCUGUUUUGUACUUUUCCUCUGUGUUCUCUGUAUUGUACUAACCAACACUAACCAACCCCAGAAAUCAUUGAGCUGCUCUUUAAAAAAAAAAGGAAAAGGAAAAAGCUUGACGUUGUGUACCUUACUUUUUUGUUGAUCACAUCACAUACAUGGAGACACGUAAGCCAACUGAGUGGAAUAUCUAUCAAAUUCUUGGCUUAGUAUUACUAAUGGGCAGAGUUGCACACUGAGCAAUUAUCAGGUUGUUCCCUUUAUUGGACCUUAUGCCAUCUAAAUUACUGAGUAAAUUGUUAAUCCAUUAAUCAGUCAAUCACUAAUUGUGAUUAAAAUUAUCAAGUGGUUAUUUUUUGUCAGCAUUAAUUGAAAACUUUUGUGUGAAAUGUGUCUACCCAGAGAAGUAUCACCUUAUAAAUAUUAUCAAAUAACUUAGCUAGAGUCUUCUUAGGUGUUAGAUUAUAUGUCAAGCAUUUAAGGUGAAUUUGAGAUGAAGAGUAAAACAUAUUUGCUAAGCAACAAAAACAAUUUCUUAAUUUGAAAAUUUCUUAUUUCUUAUCUUAAGAGUUGAAAUAGUUUGAGAUUUUUUUGUUUCUAUAAGUCUUAUACCACAUGAAUGCAUUGGUUGACAAUUAUACAGUUUUUUUUUUAAUGCUUUUAAGAAUUUGGUUUAAAAAUUGAUUGACAUGAUGUAUUAUUUUUACUAAGAAGUAACUUGGCCCAAAAGAUCUUUUCUGUUUGCCUAGGGUCUUUUUUUUCAGUAUCUGAAAGUUGAAGGUAUUUCUGUUGUGACUGUAAACAAACUUAUCCUAAGUGUGUUAAAAUGUAUUCUUGGGUAUUCUCUGUAUCUUUCAUGCCCUGAAAAUCUGAAAGCUAAUCCAAACUAGCAUGUUUUGGAAUAUUCAAGGAAAAAAAUAACUACUCUUAAUGCCAGCCUUUUAGGUUUCAUGAAGAUUUUGAUGAGAAUAAUAGUACAUACUAUAAGCAUUGACAAAACUUUGAAAGUUUCUUUCUAUAAAAUAUAAAACACUCAAUAUCUAAAUCCAAGUCAGGCAUGGGAGAUCAGUGUUUAACAUUGGAUAUGUGUGUUUUAUAUUUAUAUUUUAAUGUUCAAAAUGCAAGUAUAGCAUUUUAAUAUUUGUCACCUUCUUUUACAAAAGUAAAUCCUAAAUUACUAAGCUUUAUUUGUUCAUAUGUUCUCAUACUUUCUCAAAUCACUAUAAUGAAUUACUUGUUGUAUAUUAAAAACUCCCUUAAAAAUCCAAAUCCAUUUUGUAGAUGUUGCAGUUUCAUCGGAGACAAAUAUUCUGUAAAAUAGCCUGGCAGAUCCACUCCUUUUAUCCUUUUUAUCUUUUAAUUUGAAUAAUCAUGGUUUAGUGUCUUGGAUUACUGCCACAUCUGUUCACCAGUAGAGCAGAUUCCCUUGUCAUCAAGGUGUUGGCUGAAAUUUACUCUUAAUUGGAUGUUUAAAGCAUGCACUACAUUGUUACAGUUGGUUUAGUGUAGUAGAUUUUUGACAUGGCAUCAUGAGAAUGCAUGAAAUCUUAUACAACAUUUACAAAACAUGAUUUUUUUGUUAUAUUCUACCUUUCUAGGCUAAGCAUUAGAAAUAAGGUGGUACCUAUAUACUUGUGCAUAAAACCAAAAUUACAACAGGGAAAAAAGUUUAAAUUCAUUUAUGAAAAUAUGUCAAAAUCAUUUUAACAGUAUUACUUCCAAAUAAGAUGGGGAGCCUCACAAAUAGUCCUAUUGGCAAUUUGUAUGUAGUUUAAGUGGAAUUAAGCAAAGGGCAAUGCUUUUGGUUUUUUAAUAUGCUGCUUUUGGGUGUAAACAAUCAUUAGGGUCAUUGUGCUCAGCUUUGGAAAGAACAAAACUUCAUACUUCUGUACAUAUGGCUGGAUUUAAAUAUCCUGUGUUUGAUACUAAUUUUGAAAGUCAUAACUUCUUGAUAUCUUGGUAAAAGUAACCAUAUGCUAUAAGCAUUUAAAUAUGUUUAAUUUUGUUAUAAUAGCAUUUGUAAAGUGUAUCUUACACAUUAUAUUGAGGAUUCUUUUUUGGAAAUUUUCAGUUCUCUCUAUUAUCUUUGGCUCUCACGAUGGGCAAGGAAUACAAUGAAGGCAGGUAGUGUGAGGAGCAAGGGAAAGUGCGUAGGGAAUAUGACAUUUUGCCUUAAGAAUAAAAAGUGCUUUAGCACUGCUGGCUGGCAUUUUUAAUGCAGGUAGAUAAAGUGAUUUUAGAAGUGUGGCAUGAAAUAGCAGAGGUUCCGUUUCCUGGCCUUUAAAAAGUGCCUCGUAGGGAGUUACAGUGAGAUUACAGAGAAGUGCAGGGAGCUUGAGGAAAGGCAGGAAGUCCCUGAGAUGUUCUUUUCUUUUUUGUCUGAGUGUGUAGUGUUAAGAUGCCUAGAAAUGGGAUUCUAUUGUCCCCUCUCUUACAGGCACUUUACAUUUCUUGCUGUGACUACAGCAACCACAUACAGUACAGACAACCUCAAAAUCUGUUUAUAUUAGUGUAAAUAGAAAAACUGUAGAUGACUUUCUAGUUUUCUCUGCAGGCAUUUUUGGGACUCUAUCUGUAGUGUGUUCUGCUUUGUACAUAAGGGAUAGCAGCACAUCCCAGAUUAUCUGUAGACUUGGGGGUCAUCUUCUCUCAGUUGCCCAGUUGUAUCCUGGCAUCAGUCCCUCUUUCAAGGCUGAGUAGAGACAGAAAUUUGUUUGCAUGACUUAAUUUUGACCCUUCCUACCGUUCAGAUAUAAUCUGGAACUUCUUGCUUCAGGAUUGGCUUUCCCAUAGCUCAGCCAUCCCUUGCUCUCCUGUAUCUUCAUUCAGCAUCAGUGAAGAUGUGUUGUCUCAGUCCUGGAGGUAUUCUAAACUUUGCCUAUAUCCAUUGUUCCCCAAACUACUAGUUUCUUAGUAGGUUCUCUAGUUCUUUGCUCUUGCCCUACCACUGGCUUGAUUCAUUCGUUUGUACUUUGCUCAUUAGAGAGUGUUGUCAGGCUUGUUGAGUACAUCAAAAGACUGGCUUGCUGUGUAUAUAGCAUAUAAAUGCAAGUAGUAAAAUCCUUUAAAUUAUACUGUAUUUAAUAUUUCAGUGCUUCUUAAUUUUAGCUUCAUAUGCUGAAAGGUAGAUUUGGAAAGAUAAGAAACUAACUAGACUCUGCCAGCUCCUCAAGCUACUAGUUAGGCGUGGAAGGGAUUAAGUUAUAUAUGUAUUACCUUCCAUUACCAAAAAUGGGUUACGUUUUACAGAAUAUCAGUACAAUUUGAGUUGGAAAAAAGAUGCCAAACUAAGUUUAUAUGUAGUGUUUAACCUGAAGAUAUCCUUACGUCCUUAAAACCGUAGCCCACAGAAUGUUUUUUCCCUCUUGUUUACUUAAAGAAAAAAGAUGAACAUUAGUUGUCUAAAGGAAUUAGUGAUGAGAAGCCUGUCUUUGCAAAAUAAACCUGUUGAAAUGGGCUUUAAAAGACAUCAAAAUCAUCAGCCAUCAUGUGUUGACUCUGUGGAUGCAGACAUAAUAAUAGAAAAUACUUUAUAAAGUUCCACUUAUACAAAAUUAAAGUUCUAUAUCAUGCUCCCUAGAAUGUAUGAUAAUUUUAAGACCAUAAUGGUGGAAUAAAGGAAAGAAAGAGAAUUUAAAUACUUUGGAUGCUAUUAAAGUGACUGCUUCUAUUAAACCCUAAAAUUGUGUGUGAAAUUGUAACAGGAUACAGUUGGAUUCAUUAUGCAAUAUUUCUUAUCAAUUAUCUAGCCCUUGUGUAUUGUUCUAAAAACUAAAGUUUAAGUCUUUAUGGUCUUGCCUGCUAGAUAUGCUGUCCUUUGGUAUAAAAUUCCCGUAAUCUGUACUCAAGAAGUGCCUAAAACUGAUUUGUGUUGAUUUUUAAGUCCAUCUAAUAAACAGUAUGUUUUCUUAUGGUA